AUGGCCGCCCCUAUGGACCAGAGAAUCCAGGUCCCGAUCGAUGAUCCCAACGCAGACACCGAGUGGAACGACAUCCUCCGGAAACAUGGUGUUAUCCCCGAGAAGCCGCCCAGCCCGACGCCCAUGAUCGAAGAGGCCAUCGCCGAAGGACGAAGGUUAGCGCACGAGAACAGACUGGAGGGCAAGGACCUCGACGAGCUCGAUGAGCUGGAGGAUGACGAGGAUGAGGCAUUCCUGGAACAGUACCGCCAACGCAGAAUGCAGGAGCUCAAUGAGCUCACCAAAAAGGCCCUCCACGGCACUGUCUACCCGAUCUCGAAACCCGAGUACUCGCGAGAGGUCACCGAAGCUUCCAACAACAGCCCCGUGUUUGUGAACCUGACGUCAUCUUUGGGAACGAACGUCGAGUCGCGCGUGCUGUCCGAGCUCUGGAAACAGGCAGCGCGGGAAUAUGGCGAAAUCAAGUUCUGCGAGAUGCGCGCUGACAAGGCCAUCGAGAACUACCCCGAGAGGAACUGUCCCACGAUCCUGGUCUACAAGAAUGGCGACAUUGCGAAACAGGUCGUUACCCUGAUGCAAAUGGGAGGCGUCAAGAUCAACAUGCUGCAUAUUGACAACCUCUUGGUUGAGGUUGGUGCCGUUCCGGAGUCGGACAUGCGCGUGGCCAAGCGCCGAAGACAAGCCGAGGAUGAGGAAGAAGAAAGGGCAAUGGGAAAGGGAAUCAGGCAGGGCAAUGUGUCCAAGUCCAAGGCGCAUGACAGUGAUGACGAUGAGUGGGACUGA